UUCAAAAUAAACUAUGUUAUUAUUGCGGAGCACGUUGUAAAAAUGUCAAGUAACGAAAAAGAAAAUCGUCCGGAAUCGGACGAUCGUGCCAUACAAGUGACGAAUUGCACAAUAUACGUCGGACGUGUACGAAUUGUCAUUGAUCCGCGACUCAAUGCCGAUGUUGCCGGUAUUGUCGAGACACGUGUAACCGAAGAUAAUGAUUUGACGGCCUCGAAUACGCCUCCAAAACAGUCAGAUUUCGUUGGUGUUCGCAGCACAAAGCCACGCAGCCAGCGUCAAUCUAUCACAACGGCGUACGCAGCUCGACCAAAAACAACAAAGGUCGGACCCACAAGUAGGCAGUCGGCCUGUCUGCGGCCGGCCACCUCGCAACUUUCGUGUUGUCUCCAUGGAGGUGGUCGGUGUAAUUAUGAGGCAAGGUUUGGCGCCGGAAGUGAUAAUUAUAUCGCCGGAAUUGACGACUGUAACGACUCGGCCAAGAACGGUUAUUCAUCGCGCAGGAACAUCAACGGACGUUCGCCGAUCUGGGGAACCCAGAAUGGCGGCCGAUUGUCUCCGCUGAGGUUGGUAACGAGAGACCAAAGUGUCGUGAUGUUUGACCGGUCCACGGAGUCCAGGACACCUGUGCCACGCCCGAGCCAGCCCAAACCGCCCGUGAGACAGGAUAUGCCUGUGGAAUUGUACGCCGGUUCCAGGCUGCCCGUGCCCGUUCGAUCGGGACGGGUGACAGCACGGAUUCCCCGUAUCGAUCGGGCUGGCGACGGGUGGUCGCUGUCGCGAAAUGAUGGUCAAAAUAGCCGUCGGUGUGCCACUGCCGAUAUCCCGCCCCACACAGACGAUGGAAUAAAUGGCCGUGAGUGUGCUUCUGCCGAUAAACCGCAUGACACCGACGACCGACCCCAUGACACCAAUGACAAACCAAACGACACCGACGAUAUGCAACAUGGCUCCGCUGAUGGACCUCAUGACACCGAUGGCAGGCAGAACACCACCGAGGGGCCACACGACACCGAUGACAUUCGGUAUGACUCCGUUGAUGGGUCACGCGACACCGAUGACAAGCAUAAAGACACUACUGAAGGGCCACAUGACAUCGAUGGCAGGCAGAAUGACGUCGUUGACUUGCUUGACCACGAUGACACGGCUGUCGUGCCCAUACAGCCGUCCAUGGGCAUCGACGAGUCGGCCGCGAGCAUGACGUCGGAACAAUGGUCCUCUUUGUGCUCUUUGCAGGCGCUGGACGACAUGAGCUUGACGGGUUCUCAACCGGUGGUUGUCAACACCGACAGCCUGUCUGACGCGUCUGACCACUCGGCCCUGCAGCUUGUCAGCCAAAACGAGUUCGGCGACCAGAGCGUUUCACUGUUCCCCGACGAUCUACUGGUAUGA